GAUGAUUACGCGAGGGCGGUGCCAAGUAGGAGAUCAGCGACGACGAGAACCUCACCGGUAGUUGCAUCCUUUGCUUUAACCAUUUAUAAGCACCUUGUUUAGCUACCGUUAGCCGUUUAUACCAACCAGCUCACAAACAAUUGCUGUUGUUUUUUUUUGUAUGUCCCGAAUUCCAUUCAUAUCUGUCAAGAAUUCGAAACGGAAAAUAAACCACAUUAUGGAGACGGAGAUACACGUGCCUGUGGGGUCGCCGGUAAUUCGAAAAUUCCCGAUUUUCGUGGAGGAACAUAACGUAAUCGAUGGGGCAAUGAAGCUGGUAAAGCAGCUUCGGCCAGCGUGGGACAUAAACCAUGUCAAGACCAAGCUCUUCACUGAUGGGACCACUAAUAAGCUGGUGGGUUGUUAUGUGGAUGCCAGUCCAGAGGACGUGGUUCUGGUGCGUGUGUAUGGGAACAAGACGGAGCUGAUCGUCGACCGAGACAACGAGCUCAAGAGCUUCCAGGUGCUACAUGCUAAUGGCUGUGCGCCGCGCCUCUACUGCACCUUCCAGAAUGGCCUCUGCUACGAGUUCAUGCAGGGGGACGCCCUCGGAACACAGGACGUCAGGGACCCGAUCUUACUCAGGCUAAUAUCCAGGGAGAUGGCUCGUAUCCAUGCGAUCCACGCACAUAACGGCUGCAUCCCCAAACCCAACCUGUGGAUCAAGAUGAGGAAAUAUUUCUCUCUGGUCGCCACCGAGUUCACAGAGCAAGCCUCCAACGCCAGGAUCCAGCAGGAGGUGCCCAGCCAGGCAGUGUUGGAGCAGGAGAUGGUGUGGAUGAAGGAGCACUUGUCUCAGCUGGGCUCUCCUGUGGUGCUCUGUCACAACGACCUGCUCUGCAAGAAUAUCAUCCACAACAGCAAAGAGGGCCAUGUCCGGUUCAUAGACUAUGAAUACUCUAGUUACAACUAUCAGGCCUUUGACAUCGGGAACCACUUCAACGAGUUUGCUGGUAUGAGUGAGCUGGACUAUGGGCUGUAUCCUAGCCGUGAGAUGCAGCUGGAGUGGCUGCGUGUGUAUCUGCAGGCGUACAAACUGUCCACUAAGAAAGGAGAGGAGGUCAGCGACAGAGAGCUGGAGAGACUCUACAUACAGGUCAACAAGUUUGCUCUGGCAUCACACUUCUUCUGGGGCUUCUGGGCACUCAUCCAGGCCAAGUACUCCUCCAUCGAUUUUGACUUCCUGGGGUAUGCUGUGCUGCGCUUCAACCAAUACUUCAAGACCAAACCUGCAGUGAUGGCUCUACAGAUCCCAGAAUGAGAGGAGGAGAAGAGAGGGACCCCAUCACUGGCACUGACCAGUGGAGCAGACACACUUUGAGCAGGAGAGGGCUGUGCUGGGGGAUGAGGGACAAAAGUUUGGGUUGAGCAUUAUUAAUGGGGUCGAGGGGUGGGGUAAAUAACAUUUAGAGGGCCGAGUGUGGAUGGACCACAACAUUUUUUCCAAACUCUGUCCCUGGCAACAAGCGCAAAUACUAUUUAAUUCCUCUUCAAUUCUGUCUCACCAGUCAAGCUCAUCAAGAUUCCCCAAAACAGCCAGGGGUGAUCUGUGUGUAAAUGUGUCUUUAUUUAUUUAUUCUGUGAAGAAUUGAUUGACCUACUGAUGUAAGAUUAAUUCCCCAGGCAGACGCGUAGCUGAAACACUAGCUGAGUCCGGGAGCAUUUGGUGCCAACAUGGGGAAUAGUGUGCAGACAGUUCUGUAUUUAUGGGCUCUGAGUUUUCCCUGUGGUUGUGUUCAAGGCGUGUUGUGUAGGAGAGAGGGCAGCCAGCUUGUCCUUAAUGUAGGCACUGAUCUGAGAGGAUUUCUUAAGCAAUAUGGUCAUGGUUUCACCAUGAAAAUAGUGUAUUCAUUCAACUCAGAUCUACACGAAGUGGCUAGGGGUUGACGUAGAACUGAAGUUGUAGUUGCUUUGCAGUGAAGGUGGCAUUGCCGUGUAGGUUAGAGGGGCUAGCCAUGGCAAGACAGUGAUAUGGUCCUUUAAUAAUGUCUGUGACAGCAGAGCUGCCUCUGUGGCCAGGAGCAGCUUUGCGUCACUGGUGCUAGACUUUAAACCAGGGCCCUGUUCUCCCUCUGCCUCUUUUCCACCACUUUAGCUUUUAUAGUUAUGGUGACUCGCUCUGUUAAACUUUGCACUCAGACUACUCUGAGAAUCACAACCUCAAUCACCCCUGCCUUCCCCAGUAUCUGACCCCUCUUCCUCCCCCUUUCUCUCACCUCCCUCUGCCCUUUUACACUUCCUCCUCUCUCGACUCUCUUGAUUGGCUGAGGUGGUGGAGGGACUUUUGCCUGAAGUGCACAUUCACUGUAACAUCCCAACCUCCAUCCAUUCAGUCAUAACUUCCCUAAAAAGGAGCCAGAAUCUUAUACAAUAGGUUAUUGCGUAAACUGUCAGAGCCACUGCUUCAAAGGGUGUGGAAUCACUAACCCCAAUGUUGUUCUGAAGCUUAUCAGGAUGUGAGUGAGGUGGCCAAGGACAAGACAGCAGGGUAAAGUCCACACUGAGCCAGCAACCACUUCCUUCUCUGACUGACAUCAUGAUCUUUGGAGGAACUCUGUAACACCUUUCUUUAUCCCGGUCCCCCCUCCCUUCCUCUCCAGCCCUCUCAGAUCAGAAGAUCAACAUGUAAGGGAAAGUAGAGGAGAGCCGUAUUAGGAUAUCAUAAGCCUGUCCUGUGAUCCCUGGCUGUCUCCUGUUACUGACAGGGUUAAUAAUUCACCAAUAUAGGAGGCUGCCAACUCUAUGAAGGUGUUGAAGAGAAGGACUGUUGUGAUGAGUCACUAGCCAUGCUUGCCAGGCCUCUUAGUUCCCCUAGCACACUCCAAAAUGUGUUUUCUGGCUACACGGUGAGACUGAUGAGCAGCCUCUUGGCUCUCAGGAGAGCUUGCCUUUUUGUCCCUUGUCACUAGCUGUACAGGCAGGGAGGGUAGAUGCCAUUUUCACCAGCUCUUGUCCUGGAGAGCUACAGUCUAGACACAUGAUUCAACGAAUCAUCAUUAUCCUGGUUCAUUUAAUCAUGUGUGUUAGUGCUGGGCUGGAACAAACCUGCACACCCUGUAACUGUCCAGGACCAGGGUUUUUGACUACUGGAAUAGUGUUAAGCAGAGCAUCUGCAACAUAGCAGUAGAUUGAUGCAACAAAUGGAAAUGACUCAUACUUGAUGUAGGAUUGUGUCUAUUCUAUACAGUACAUUUCUAUCUGCAACAUUCCAAACCAUUUAUGUCAUUGAGUCAGUGGAAUGGGUUGAGAGAAUCUUGUAGUGUUUCCUAAAUGGAUGGUCAAGGCCCUCUUGUAUACAUUUUUAAAGGCCGUUAUGGACAGAGACGACACUUUGAAAGGCUUCAGGUGAGUCACAGCUCACCACCAACUGUUCUAUGUCGGCCCAGGGUUGAACUAACAGGUGACCAAGUGCAAUGAAUUCCUGUUUAUCGUAGAUGUACAUAUGUGAAUGUGUUUCCUUUGAGUUGACCGUAACAUUUCAGUGAGACUAACUGUAUUCCUGUUAGGGUGCAUCUCAACCAUCUUAAGAGUCAAUUCCUUUCCUUCAUCUACACUAAUAGGAAACAAUUAGAUGGAUGACAAAUGAAUCCACCAUAUUGCUUUCAUCCUGUUUUCAGACGUGUGGUGCUGAAGGAGAGAAGAGGGAGACUGACCAUAAGAGUAUGAGGGAGACACUAGAGGGAGACUGACCAUAAGAGUAUGAGGGAGUCACUAGAGGGAGACUGACCAUAAGAGUAUGAGGGAGACAAGGUGGUCGAACGUCAAGAUGUUCUAUGCACUCCUGGUGGUCUGUGGUUACAUUCAACUAAACUAGUCAGACACUAGAUUGCCAAGCUACAACAAACAGAAGUGGCAACAUAGGUUAAUGGUUGAGAUUUGUGAUUAGAAAGCAACAGCCUACUUCAUGCUAGCAUGGCCAGAUAGAUGACUGUAAAUGUCUGCUUCCUGAAUGCACAACCAGAAAUGACCCCACUUAUUGAAGUGGUAGACCAACUACGGCAGGCUAGGGCUGCUUUCCUCUUCUUAAAUAUGCCCUUAACUCCCUUCACAAAAUGUAAACCAUUAUGCUUAUUGCUACUACUAGUCGUUUUAGAAACUCCCUCCAGCCUAACACCUAUCCAAUCCUCUCAGAUCUUUGAGGGCAAGUCAGCAGGAGCGGGUUCAAGAAUCGCAGUGGCCGUAGGUCUACUAGUAAAAUCUAUAAAGUAGAGUUUAUACACUACUACAGCACAUGCCUUCACUGGACAAACGUUGAAAGAAUGUGUCCUAGAAGACUUUACAUUUGAAGUAAAGGAAGUAAGUUCCCCAUUUAGAAAAAUAGCCAAUAAUACACAUGUAUGAAGUUAAAUGUGCACUAUUCUUUCAACUGUGGAUAUGUGCUGACUGGAAGGGUUCCAUCCUGACGGUGGUAAUUGUAGACUAGAGAUGUGUUGAAGGGUGUAUUCAUGUUUUCUAUAUACACAUACCAAAAUGGUUAGCUUCAUAAGGCUUGCAGUUCAUUUGCAAAUAACUUAAACACUACAGAACUAGAUUCUACUUUCUCCAUAUUUUCUUUUUGACUGUUGAAUUUUAGGUGAGUGUAGGGAGUCAGCGGUUGUAAAUACUGUGAAUCUGACUGUACAGUGAUCCUCCACACUUGAGUGCUGGGGAGAGUAACAUUGGUCAGUAAAUAUUUCCAUUAAACGUUGAACUAUU